AUGGCAUCCGUUGAUUCUACCACCGGUGACUCCAUCUCCACCCUUCAUCCGGACAUAAUCCAAACCCAUAUCUUGCCCCGGCUCGACGCCCCGGCGCUCGCCUCCACCGCAUCAACCUCUACGUAUCUCAAAACUCUCUGCACGGAGCAAAAACUCUGGCGAAAAAUCUCAAUCGCCACGUGGCCUUCCAUAAAUGACCCACGUGUCGUUGAAGCCAUCUCUUCUUUCCCUUCCGGUUACAGCUCUUUCUACGCUGACUCGCACCCGUUCACCGAACACACGUGGCAGCCGGAAACACAAGAUCCACCAACGACGGGAUUAAUCUCGGCCGUCGAUCUUUAUUACAGAGGAGAGCUUAUCUAUUCGAAAGUUCAAGAUAUGGAGAAGGAGAGCGGUAAGUCUUCAGGAUGGUUUCUUUCAUCGCCGUUCCGGGUCGAUAUGGUCGACCCGAAAGAGACGGUGAAGACUCCGAUAAGAUAUCCGGGUGGGGAUUACGAAGUGUGGGUGAAAGAUAUGGAAGAGAGCAUGAAGCUUGACUGGAUAGUGAUCGAUCCGGUCAAGAAACGUGCGGCGAACAUAUCUAGCCGAAAGGCGGUGUCGGCGAAGAGGAACUGGCUAACCGGAGAUUUAGAGAUAAUAUUUUCGACGGUGGCGGUGUGUGAGGAGGUUGCGGUGGUUGUGUCGUGUGGUUCGGCGGAGACGUGGAAGGAGGUGGACGAGGAAGUGGGAGGAGAAGUGGACGUGACGGGCGUGAGGUUGCAAGUGGAGGACAGAGAAGGGAAAUGUUUGAGAGGGAGGGAUAGUUUGGUAAUUUUGCAAGGGUUGUUGUUGGGGAAGAGGAGGUGUUGUAAAGAUGGUGGUGAGGAGAGAAGGUGUAGAGGAAGGUAUGAGGAAUACGUGGGGAUGAAGAUACAGUGGAGAGAGAUGAGGGAGAGGAGUGAGAGAGCUCAAGACACGAUUUGUAUGAUCUUUGGGUUUUCUUUGUUUGUGCUUUUUUGGAGUUUUAUUUUGUUGAGGUAA